AUUCCGCGGGCCGGGCGCUGCUCCGACUUUCAGUGCAGGCUGCCCGGGAGGGGGAGCCACUGCGAUCGGCACGACCGCCUGCCCGCCACACCGGAGCCGGCUCGGCGCCGCAGCCUGAGCCGCCGCUCCACCUCCCGGGAGUGCUUCCCUCCCCUCAGCCGGUCCGCGCCAAGCGGAGCAGCGUCGGGCCAUGGCGAGCACCGCUUUCUCCAACGGACACGUCCUGUACCGGGACCUGGGCGGCGGCUCGGAGAAGAACUGCAGCGUGCUGAGGAACGGCUGCACCCGGAGUCCGCAGCAACACAAUGGCAAGUCCACUACGGAUCACCACAAGAAGUACUUCUCUGAAUCCUUUGAGCAGCCUCCGAUAUAUGUUCCUGUCCUCACUUACAUGGGCUAUGGAAUUGUGACCUUGUUUGGAUAUUUGAGAGACUUUCUGCGUUCCUGGGGCCUUGAAAAAUGUCACGCGGCACAAGAGAGAAAAGAGCAAAAGGAUUUUGUGCCACUUUAUCAAGACUUUGAAAAUUUCUACAAAAGAAAUCUAUACAUGAGAGUGCGUGACAACUGGAAUCGUCCAAUAUGCAGUGUGCCUGGCCCUACGUUUGACUUGGUGGAGAGAGUCAGUGAUGAUUACAACUGGACUUUCAGAUACACAGGACGAGUAAUUAAGGAUGUGAUAAACAUGGGGUCUUACAACUACCUGGGUUUCGCUGAAAACAAAGGGGAAUCCUUGAACUCUGUGGCAGAGGUUACAAUGACAUAUGGAGCAGGAGUGUGCAGCACGAGGCAGGAAAUGGGUAACCUUGACAAGCACAUUCAGCUUGAGGAUUUAGUCACCCAGUUCUUGGGAGUAGAGGCAGCAAUGACCUUCGGGAUGGGGUUUGCCACUAAUUCUAUGAAUAUUCCAGCCCUGGUUGGCAAGGGUUGCCUUAUUCUGAGCGAUGAGCUAAACCACACAUCUCUGAUUCUUGGUGCUCGUUUGUCAGGCUCCACCAUCCGAGUAUUUAAACACAACAAUAUCCAGAGCCUGGAGAAGCUGCUGCGAGAUGCCGUGAUCAGUGGCCAGCCCCGAACCCGGAGACCCUGGAAGAAAAUCCUGAUUCUAGUGGAGGGAAUUUACAGCAUGGAGGGUUCGAUGGUACGUUUGCCAGAAAUUGUAGCUUUGAAGAAAAAGUAUAAAGCCUACUUGUACUUGGACGAGGCACACAGUAUAGGGGCAGUGGGGCCCACAGGCCGGGGUGUGGUUGAAUACUUCGGAGUUGAUCCCAGUGACGUUGACGUGUUGAUGGGCACCUUCACCAAAAGCUUUGGUGCAACUGGUGGAUACAUUGCUGGCAAGAAGGAACUUGUGGAUUAUUUACGAGGGUAUUCCCACAGUGCUGUCUACGCUACUUCAAUGCCUCCUCCAAUAGCAGAACAAGUUAUCAGAUCACUAAAGUGUCUCAUGGGACUUGAUGGAUCAACAAUAGGUAUCGAGCGAGUGAGGCAGCUGGGUGUGAACACCCGAUAUUUCAGGCAGCGCCUGCGUGAGCUGGGUUUCAUCACCUAUGGCAACGAUGACUCCCCCGUGGUACCCCUGCUCUUGUACAUGCCUGGCAAAGUAGGUGCGUUUGCCAGAAGAAUGCUACAGAAGAACAUUGGCGUGGUUGUGGUUGGGUUCCCUGCCACUCCCAUUGUCGAAUCUCGUGCUCGCUUCUGUUUGUCCGCGGCCCACACACGACAAAUGUUGGACACAAGUGUUCUGGGGGCAGCCUGCAAGUGUCGCCACGCUUCCGGCACCAACGUAGCAUGCCCACAACUUCCUAACCCGUACGUUUUUGGAAUGUGGGAGGAAACCGGAGGAAACCCACACAGACACGGGGAGAACAUACAAACUCCUUAUAGACAGCAGCCGGAAUUGAACCCGGGUCGCUGGCACUGUAAAGCAUUACGCUAACCACUACUCCACUGUGCCUGCCCCUGUUUCACUGUUCAUUAAGGUUAACUGUUAACAGGUAUACUAUUAAUGCCCAGGUGGUGGGCUAACUACUUCAAGGCCACUUGAAAAUAGAAUGAUUAUCACAAAAGAACCUCACUACAUUGUAGGUGUUGGAUGUCCUUGAUGAAAUGGGUGACUACCUGCAAUUCAAGUACUCCAGGCGGACACCUUCCAUUCGACCUGAACUCUACGAUGAAUCCAACUUUGAGCUGGAAGACUAAGCCCCCUCCGUAGCAUGGAAUGUGAGCUAUGAGGAGAAUUGCAAAUACGCACCUCUUCAAUCCCACUAAGGGACUCAACAUGCGCACCUCCUCUUUAACGAGCAUGAAUUAGAGGAAAGGAAAGGGAAGACGUGGAGGUAGCAUUGGCAUCGUAAACUUUUCGAGCAUACCAAGCAAAGAAGCAAGGGCAUGGUGAAACAUUGGUAACAGACUGCCCACCCGUAUCCUCUUGUAUAAUGUGUCGGUAUUGUGAGGGAGAGGGCUUAGGGGAUGGGGAGGGGGUCGGGCAACCGCACUGCUGAGAUCAAUGGAAGACUGAAAACCUCGUUUGACAUCUGCAGCUGUUCUUUCUGCAGAUGUUUUUGUUCAGUCACCCUUUUUGCCUUUUUGGAGUUUUUUUAAAAAGAUAUUAUAUUAAAAAAAAAGUAGUUGCUGUUACUCCAAGCAAGCAUUUAAAAUGUAUAUUUAUCUUUACCUGUGAUUAUUGCAAUAAAUAUUCAUUCAUGAAUUCAUGAAUUAGCCAAACGUUAAACUGGGGCAUGUUCGGGUGGGGUUUAUGUUGGAUUUCGAAUCACAUGCACUUGGAUUUUCAGGCUGAUCUGGGUUCAGUCCUUAUAGUGGAGAGAAAUAGAUGUUUUGAGGGGGAAAUGUUGCCAAAGAUGAAUUAUCUAAUCAUAUGAAAUUUUGUUGAAAUGUUAAUGGAGAAAAAUAUAUGUGUAAAUACAGAAAUUAUAAUUUUUGUAAACUUUUUCUGGAGCUCCUUUUGAGACUCCUUUAAAAUAUUGUCCUUAGAUGUUUAGGUGCACAUUUGGAAUGUUGGUGUUCCAACAGUGUGGUUUAUAUGAUUUUUAAAAAUGUGAAAUUCUUUCUGCAAACAGGAUUGUAAUAUUUAUAAUGAAAAUUGUUUUGAGGGGAGCAGAAAGAAGGUUAAAUGCUGCAGCUAUCUACUCAAGGUUGUGACAUUUUAAUUUAAUUUUAAUAACUUUUCAUUGUCAGUUUUGUAAUAUUAUCUUCUUGGUUUGUGCCUGCUACAUUCCCAGUGCCUUCACAAUCCUUUUCCAGCCAUUGGGGUGAGGGCACUGUACCGUAUGCCAUAGCUGUCCUCCAGACUACUGUACCCACCUGCACAUCCUCUUAGAGUAAGGCCUUGCUGGACAAAGAACAUAAGGCCCUCCUGUCUUCUCAGGGAAAACCAAAGUCAGUGCUUUUAGUCCAGGCACAUUCAAACCCAGCGGAAAUAUGAUUGUGGCAAUGUGAUCGCAUUCCCUACUGAUUUCCAGGGAUACCCAGAACAUGACGUUGCCCAGUUAUCACAACAACAACUACAACUAGGUCCUGCACACGCACCAACCACUACAGAGCCAGCAAUGAAGGAGUUCAUUUAUGACAGAGAGGAUUUUCAAAGGAAAGUACAUUUUCUUUACAGCAAAUUUAUAGUUUCUGUUUUUUUUAACUAGCGUUUGCUUACAUUUUUUUGUUUUUAAACAAUCAAUUUGAUUCACUAUUAAACUCCAGACAGUAGCUCAGUUUCUAACACCACUUCUCAAAUCAAGGUUUGUAGCUGCCUUUGGACAAAGAUAUAAAAGAUCUCACUGAAUUCAACACUUGUCAAAAACCCUUAAAUCCAUUGCAAUGAAGACUCAGUUUCUCUUGUAGUAACUGUUGUACAGUUCUCUUGUACUAAUUAUUGCCCAUUUGAUUGCCUUAACAAAUAUGAAACCCGUUAUCACAACACAGCCACAGCUCAUAUGUGUUACAUCACCAGUAUCAAUGCCAAUGUCAACUUGCAUUGUGACAUUGACUCUACUUACACUCUUUUUAAUUGCACUUCUUCAAAAAGCUGGCGUUAAAUUAGGACAGGUGUGACUGAAAUUGCAGAUUCAUGAAGAAUUAUUCACUAUUCCUUUAAAAUCUCUAUGGAAUCUGUUUUAACACCUUGGUUCUGCGACAUAUGGCCCUGUUAACAGCAGUGGCCAGCCUGGCAUAUGGUACAGAGAAUUAACUGACUCUUCCUAACAAACCAGGGAGACUCUGGCAGUGUUUGCACUGAAGUCUGGUGUCACAUGUGGAUGCCUCUUUGCCUUUCACUGUUUAUAUUUUGCUGAACAAGUGGAGAAAUUUGCUCUCCAGUUUCAAAAGCCUGGGGUUUGAAUGGUGUGACUCCCACUGAUCGGUGCCUGGAAGUGCAAAUUAUGUUAAGUGGUUGGCGUUUAACAGUCCUUUUAAAUCACAGGCUGAGGAGCAAACCAUUAUCCCGAAUGGACUUUUAAAUGUUAACGCAGCUCCCCUAUAGUGUCAGCUGUAACUUGGUGGGUAGCCCUUUCACCUCUGAGUCAAAAGGUUACAAGUUUGAGUCCCACCCCAGAGACUUGAGUCCAAAGAUGCAGACUGACACUCUGUUGGAUUCCUGUGGAGGCGCUGCACUGUCAAAGGGACUGACUUUAAAAUGAGGUGUUGAACCGAAACUAUCUACCCUCACAGGUGGGCACAAAAGAUCCCAUAACUAUAUAUCAGAGGUAUAUCUCUGAGCUGUAUUAAUCAAAAAUACAAAUUAUGAAGUCAUUAUCACAUUGUCCUCUGUGGGAGUGUGCCAUCCACACAUCAAAUGCCGUGUUUCUGACAUUUCUGAAAGUAUGUAUUUUGAGGCUUCCUGAGGUCUUGAAGGGCAAUGUGUAAAUGCAGGUCAGUCUUCUUCCCAGAAAUCAGGAAAAAUAGGAAGCACGUGCAUGGUGUGACCAUAAUUACUUACCCACUGUGCAUGAUGUUAGUGCUUCAUGAAGUACUCAAUGAAUACAUAUGGAGCAUAUAGGGAACUGACGCAUGUGCGUGGCAGAAUUGAAGUGUUUUAUUUUUACCAGGCACUGCAUCCUGACACCCAAGGGAAAAAUGAAUCUUCCUUGCCCAUUGUUCUAACUAAACCAAGUAUGUUUUGGCAAAAUAUGCCUGUAUCUGUGCAAUGCCUGUGCUGAAAGAAUUAGAAUGCAUUGUUAAAACCUUUGGAGUAGACCCAAAGUCUGUUAUACAAUCCUCAUUAUUUGUACAUUGUAUGUGGCCAUCGCUGGCAAGGCCAGCAUUUUACAACUCAUCCCUAAUGCCCUUGAGUUGAUGGUGGGGAGCUGGUACCUUGAAACAUUGAAUUCCUUGUGGGAUUUCCUAGAACUACAUUAGCUACAAUGCAAAAUUUAGAAUAAAAAUACCCCCAUGUAACAAUAUACAGAGUCCCCUCCCCAGUUGCUAAUGGAUGUGGACCAAGUUGACCAAUUGGCAUAAAAAAGAGGACUGAACUUUUUUUCUUUUAAGCAACAUGCUGUUAAUUUAAAAGACAGGGCCUUGCCUUGCAAUUGACUGACUUUGAAGUUCUUGGUGAUUUCCACCUCAUUCUACUUGCCAUUUUGAUGAGCUGUUGUUUCCCAGUUUACCUGUACUUUAAAGAAAUGUGCCUUUUGGGAAGGGAGGACAUAUGUUUACAAACCUUAUCAAUGUAGGCUUUCCAGGAAGUAAACAUUACUUGCCCCACUUAACUUACUAAAGUAAUUCAAUGCUUUUAAUUUUAGUUUUGUAUCUUGAAAUCUACAAAACUGAUUCUAUUUAUUCUCCUCUUCAUUACUGAAUGGGACUGGAGCUAAACAUUGUUCAGGAUUUUAAACUGGAGAUUGAGGGUUGAAGUUCCUCAUGCGUAGGUUGGAGGGAAAUUGCUGCAACUUCACUUGAUAGAUGUAACAUGAAACAAGAGAGGGCUUAGAAAUUGGAUUUGCAGAUCUCAAAGGAGUACUGUCUUCCGUGGAAAAAUCGUUUGCUGAAAAUAUUCUCUUUAAGGUUACUAAACCAUAAUAAAACACUAUAAAUCCCCUUUUUAAAGGCAUCAUUUCCUCCUGCAGGCGUGAAAUUAUCAUGGAUAAGUUCACAGGAAAAAGAAGUUUUCUGCAAGCCUUUUUUCACAAAGCCAAGGAAUUGUUGAGUUGAAUUUAGAGGCAGUUUUUAAUUUGAACAUGCCUCAAUGAGGCAUUGUGAGCAAGAUGAUAUGUGUGAUAUGUUUUGUCCAUGUGUACUUGCAUGGCAUGCUCAGUAGUCUUAUUAUUCCCCUGAGCAACCAGAGCUCUCCAUGGUUGAAGUCCAAAGGGUGAAGUCUGCGCUUACUUUUAAUUUUGUACUUUUAUCCUUCAUAUUCUAAUUGGGACAUUGGAUCUGUGUCCUUGGGUAGGGCACAGAGAGAGAGAAUUAGAUUCUGCCUGUCCAUGGUGAUCCAAUGAGCUGGAGGCAUAUUAACCUGUGCUGUCACAACAGUUUCAGUUUGGCUAAAGACAGCAUGGCCUGAGAGUUUGAUUGUCCAAAGUUCCUUGCAUCCAUCAAUGGCAACUCUUCCUGCCAAAGAGCAGGAAUUUCAAGACCUCAGAUUUCAAGAAAUAUGUCCCAACUGAUUGUGAGAGUUUUUUUACUGCAGGGUACAACAUUAAAAUUCAGUGCCUUGUAUUCAUCUAAUUGCCUCCAGCUUUUAGUUGGAGUGGGAUGGUUAGAGAAGGUGGGAUUCUAAGUUAUGAUAUUGAGUCAAUCCAAGAGUUCACAACAAGAAUGAACAUAUACCCAUGCGUUGGCUCACAUUCUGAAUUCUCUGGGAAUCCAAGCCUCAAACUUGAAUCUGCCUGAAUGCUUGUUGCUAACUUAAAACUUCUGUUCAUGGGUCAGGCAUUUUGCACCCCUUGUUUCCAGCAUGGAUUUUGACAAUUGGCUGUUUGUUCUGCUGUUGUGAUAUGCUAGGUCUAUAGGUAGUACAUGAUGAAGAGAACAGGUAAGAUUGCCCUAAGCACCUCUGCAUGCACUUUUAACCUGUAAUUUCUAACCAGCUCCAAUGACAGAGCUUCCUUGGGUGGGCCAAGCUCUUCUAAGCUUCGAGAUUCAUUAGUCAUUUGUGAUUAAUACCAUUGUGCAAACUUAGCCUGCAUUUCCAGGGCAUCCGGUGCUGUUUUAAAGGGAUUGCUAUACCAUUGAAAAAAACUUAUCUAACUAUACUUCUUAAAGAAUUUUCCUAUUGAUUUACUUUGUGAAUCCAUUCUAAAACAUCAGGAUUAUAAAGCAAUAUGUAGACACCUAAUUGCUUCCAGCUUUCAGUUGAAGUGGGAUAAUUGGGAAAGGUGGGAUUUGGGAGAGUUAAAUUGUGAUAUUCAAUGUAUUCAGGAUUACACAGCAAGAAUGAACAUGACACAGAUGAUUUGCCUGGCAAUUACAUGUUCAGUGUAAAUGAAGGCUGAUUGCUCUUUUUGAUAAACAACUGUAUUUGUUCAUCUGCAUGCACUGAAAUAUAGGAAAUAGCACUUUAAGAGCUCUCAGAAGUAACCUGUACUCUGAUUUUACUGCAUGGAUUCAGAGGGCUGAUGGCUCUAUAAGUGACUGGUGCAGAGUGGUUUGUAAAUCUGAUUUAUGUAUACCUUCAUGUACCUUAAAGUGCUGAUGAUAAAAGAUUUGUAUAUAUAUUAUAAAUACAUAAUAUAUAUAUGAAUGCCGAUUAUGUUUUUAAAAUAUACAUAAUGUACAAAAAUGUUUUUUUCCCUUUUGCGAGUUCAGAAUUUUUUUAUAUAUAAAAAAUGAAGACUGGCACGUGUCAUAUCAAAUGUAUGGAACAAAUAAAGCCCUUCGCAUUCCCUUAA